AUGUUACCUCCAAAUGUGCUUAUCUCGCUCGGUUCUGUUCUACCUCCAGCCUCAAUAGUAAAGUUAUUAUAUUUUAUCGGAUCUUUAUGGGUUCUAUAUGGGCUCAUUACAAUUCUGUAUAACAUUUCUCGCCUUCAUCCUCUCAGCAAAUUCCCUGGUCCCAAGCUAGCAGCUGCCACUCUAUACUACGAGGCUUGGUUUGACUUCAUCAAAGUGGGGCGCUAUACACGGAAAAUUGGAGAGAUGCAUAACAAAUAUGGUCCCAUUGUACGGAUUAGCCCGUCAGAGUUACAUUGCAAUGAUCCGUCGUUUAUCCCCGAGAUUUACGCAAGUGGGGGCCGCAAGCGGAAUAAAGACCCACACACUUAUCGAUCUAUGAUCUCGCCUAUCGACAAGACUGCGUUUGCUACAGAGGAUCACGACCUUCACCGCAUCCGGCGUGCGCCUAUUGCUAAAUACUUUUCUCGUCAAUCUACGCUGCAACUCGAGGCAGUCGUUCUAAACCAGCUUGAACACUUCUGCAAAAAGCUACUAAGUUGCCAAAACGGAGCGGCCUUUGACAUUACUACAGCUUACUCAUGCUUUACUUCCGACGUCAUUUCAACGUGUUGUUUCGGCGAACCUCUGGGUUUCCUGGCGCAAAGUGGCUGGGAGCCUAAUUGGCGUCGCCCUACAUACUCGUUUCUAGAUACGAUUUUUCUGCUUCGUUUUUUCCCGAUUCUCCGUAGGUUGGUACGUUUUGGAAAUUUUCUCGCACUCCAUGGGUGGCUAGGAUCAGAUAUCAAGAUGGUCUUGCACACAAUACAUGUCCGCAUCCCUACACUGGUUUCCAAAGCUCCUAGGAGCAUCGCGUCGGGAUCACAACAGACUCUUUAUACACAUAUCCAGGACUCAAAUGGCCUUCCAGAGAGCGAAAGAUCGCCGUCACGUUUAUCUGCAGAAAGCAUGGCUCUUUUGAAUGCCGGGACCGAAACGACGGCUUGGGCAUUAUCUGUCAUCACGUUUUAUCUGUUGUCACAACCCGAAAUCCUGCAUCGACUCACUCGAGAGCUCAAUCAAACCAAUCCUGAGCAGAAGACCUGGCAGGUUUUGGAAAAGUUGCCAUAUUUAAGUGGAGUGGUUAUGGAAGGCCUGCGCUUGUCGUACGGUGUAUCUGGGCGGACUCCCAGGAUUGCGACACAGGAGGAGCUGGUUUUCAAAGGAAAGGCUAUUCCGAAAGGAUGGGCGAUCGGGAUGUCUUCCGCUGUGAUGCAUCACAACGAGGAUAUAUUUCCAGAUUCUGGCUCGUUCCUACCAGACCGCUGGAUUGAUAGCCGUGGGAACAAAAGAUGCGACCUGGAAAAAUACAUACUGUCUUUUUCACGAGGCAGUCGGCAAUGCCUAGGUAUCCAGUAA